AUGGGCGGGCUGCUGUACUGGACGACGCUGGCCGUCGGCGCGGCCAUCGCGCUCCGAUGGGGUCUCGAAGCCGGGAUCAACCUCGCGCUCCGGCGAUCGUCGCGUCUAUGGACCAGCCUCAAGCUCGACGAGGAGACCAUGCUGAACGUCCAGGUGCACCCCGUGCGCAUCCGGCUGUGGAGCCUCCUAUGGGCCUUUGCCAAGGCGCCGAGCCAAGCCAUGCUCGUGCGCCUCGUCGUCUCGGCGGUCUCGGUCCAGAUCAACCGCACGAGCGAAAAGGCUCCUCGGCAGGUCCUUGCCCAUGUUCUUCCACCGGAUGCGUCGCUGGCUUGGAUCGCUAGCCUCCAUGACCCGACCCAUGCGCUCUGGGCCGUGGUGCUGCCGCUCGUGCAGCGCUUUGGCGUCGUCGCUCGCUUCGUGCAUCUUCUCGGCAUUUCGAUAGCCAACAUUUCGCUCUCGCUGCAGGAAAAUGGCCAAGACAUUAUCCAGAUACAGCGCGCGAGUUUGGACGUCCAGCUUCGGUUGAACGUGACGAGCCACGACCUUCUUUUCUGCGCCACCGUUGCGCGCGAUCAACCCAUGGAGGUCGUUGUUCGCGGCGCUCGCAUGCAGAUGCAAGAGGUGCAGCUCAAAAUCGCAGUGCCACUCUCGCGUGAUCGUCAUGACCUUCGGGUGCCGCUACCUCACGAGGUGGCAAUUUCGGGCCGCGAUCUGCAGGUGUCCAUCACAGACACUGCGCUACUCGCUGCGUUCUCCAAGCCCCCCACUCGUGUGGCAGCGUCGGCGUCUCCAGGCAUUUCCGAAGAUGACUGGCACCGACUCUUGAAAUACGAUUGGCUGGCGCUUCUUCCCAAGGUCACAACGCUUGCGUGGUCGUCUGUACAUCUCGAGGUGCGCCACAAGGUAGACAAUGUGCUCGAUGUGACCGUGGCACGACUGGUCGCAGCCAGCAACCACCAUCGCCAGACGACGAGUGAGUCGUUCAUGGGACGGACGUGGGCGAUUGAAGUCGGACCUGUGAGUGCAACGCUGAACGCAUUGCCACUCGCUUCUAUUGCGCCGGCAGCCAUUUGGCUUGAUAUCCACCCGCGCGCAGGCGGAACCAUCGACUUGAAGCUCUCGGGUGAAGUCAAGCACCUGCAUACGACGCUAACUGACCAACUCGAGCCGUGGGUCGCCCUCGCCGCCUCACUCGCGCCGCCUACAUCACUGCAGGCGUCUUUGCCCAUCUACAGUCCGUGGACACUCGAUGUCCAAGUCAAGCUCGUGCAAACAAAGCUACAGACCGUUCCGCGAACAGCACUAGCACUCAGUGACCCGUCCUACGGAGCGCCGCCUCUGGAUGUACGUCUCGACGACUUGCAUGUGUCUGUGUUUCCCACGACAAUGGUCGGUGUACGGUCGCUGGUGGAGCUCCGUCUUUGCCGUCUCAGCAUCUGGACGACGAACGAAAAGCACAUCCUGUCGGUUGACAGCACACGGCUCUUUCUCGGGCCACUGGACUCUAUUUUGCACGGCCAGACCAAGCCCGCUGACGUCGAGAUGGAGGCCGAGUGGAUUCAAGUCACCUACUCACCCGCCGCAUUGCAAGCUGUCGGUGGUGCCUUCCAUCUUGGCCUCUUUGUUGCCCAGGCGCCGCUGCGAAAAGUUUUUGCCCGCCCAAAACCCAUGAGUCCGUCACUCGUGCCCGACAUGCGGCCGCUUGGCGAAGUCUGUAGCGACGACACGCGGCUGUACGUACACGUCAACUUUCGCGGAGCCAUCAAACGCAUUGUCGCCAUCUUUCCGACAACAUGCGCAGGCCACACGACGAUGGAGCACGUGAGCAUUGACCACAUGAGCAUUGAAACCGAAGCCAACAGCGCACGCUACCGGCUUCACUUUCGACACAUCAAGGCACUGACGCCCCCGGCCGUCACGCCGUACUUGAGUGUCGCCGACUUUGCAAUCGAAGAGACGCCGGUCCGAGACAUGUCGGUCGUUGAUCUCUAUGGGCGCCGCAUCGUCGUGCAUUGGGAUCUUGCGCUACAGCUGCGGCUUCUAGUGCUGGUGCAAGACGUCACACUCGCGUCCUACAACAUGCUCUUUCAGCUCUUCCACACGUACACGACGUUCGUUGCGCCACGUCAUUCCAAGUUCAAGCUCGGUGUGAACACUCCAAUGGACGACUUGACAGCGUACGAAGCGGCGCUUGUAAAGCUCGCUUCUUUGACAAGUGCGUCUGGAGACAAGUUGCAUAGGCUCCAGAUCGCGACGAUCGCUGUGACGAUGACGCCUUACGACCUAGAGCUGCGUAUGGACAGCUUUGGCGGCGCCGACCUCCCAGAUCUCUGGUCGUUUGCAAACAUCACAGUGCAGUGGCAAAACGAGCUGCUGCUCUCGGUCAAGGCCAUCUCGGUCCGACGGACGCUCGACCGCCGACCCGAUUACGUCUUUGGCGAGUUUGAAGCUAUGCUUCGGCAGCGGCAGAAGAUUGUCGCCCCCACGACAGAGCGCAUUGGAAGCGAAGGCCUUUUGAUCGGCCUCAACGGACUCGAAGUCCGGCUUGUGUACCGGUUUUUUGUGCCGCUCUCAGAGCUCGUGUCCACGUUCCAGCUCCAUGCGGCUGGUCUUGUCACCGCGCUUCAGCAAGAGCUCGCAGUCUAUUGGCGUCCGCAGUCGGCACUGGCGUAUACCUACUUUGCCAAGAUUGCCGAGCCCACGCCGCCAGUGAUUUGGCUUGACAUCCAUGACGUCGCUGUCGUGGGCUUGGACCACCCUAUGGAAGUGUGGCUCGCCCAAAUGUACCCGAUCUGGAUGGACGACCUCGCAGAACAAGAAGUGCGCCGCCAGAUUGUCGAAGAGCAGUGGCACAGCCUCAAGCUCACAAAUGCCGACAUGCUCGCCUUGGAGACCUACCAAGAAAUGACCAAGGUGCGGCUCGAGAAGAACGCGACGCUGUACAUCCAGCGCGUCAAGCAGCGUCCGUCUAUCGUACCGCGACCCCGGUUGCGUUUGCACGUGCAGAGUAUUGUCGGCUCGAUCACGAUCGCCUCCGACGACGACCCGAGCUCGAUCCGACGUCUAAAGGAGCUCGACGAAGCUUCCGACGCCGUCCAUCGAGCGCUCCGGGAACCGCCACAUGAAACCACGUGCUUUCGCCCGUCGUUUGACUUUUUGAUUGCCAUGGUGCUGGACAUGAGCGUCGACGCCGUCGUCGUCGAGCUUCGAGAUCAUACGCCGCUUUUGGUGCACCAGGUGACAGUCCGGGGCAACGUGAUUCUCGCGCAACCCACGAGCACGAAAGUCAUGUCGAAAGCGCACACUGUCUCCAUCGGGCCUCAUUUGGAGCUCCAAGUCGAGACUUCGACAAGUCCGCUCAAGCUCUUUUUCGACCUUGACGUUGUCUUGCGCGGAACCGCGGUGUCGUACACCCCACGAAUGAACGCGAUCUUUGCCGAGGUGUUUCAAGAUCUGCAGCGCGCCUUAUCGCUUGUCGUGCCGAGCGCGGCGUACUGGGAUGCAAUUCGCGGCUUUCUGCACGGUAAAUGCCACGUGCGCCUCGACGAGACAACGGUCAAACUGUUUGGCGCCAACCAGGAGCACGUGUUGCUCAGUCUCCACGCAAUCGACGUCGUGUACAGUCACCAAGACGUGGUCCUCCAAGUGGCAAAGCUGCGCUGCCGCAUCGAGCCCAUUGGAUUCGGUAACGUCGUCGAUGUCCACCGCAUCCACUGCCACAUCCGACUCGAUUGGGGCUGCGACAGCGUCGUGCACUACGUGACGCCCCGUGAGUUUACCUACUUGGACGCCCAUCGCCAAGUGCAACGGUUCGUUUUGGAGCCGCAGCCGAGCGCGUUUACGUCGUCGGGUCUGCAUGUGCAUAUGACGGUGCAAGUGACGACAAACGACCGAAACGAGAUGCCGUCGGUUCUGCUGUACGGCACGACGGUCGAGUGGCUCCUCCACUUUGCUAUGCAGUAUGCGCGCGCAUUUGGCAACCCGAGCUUCACGCGCCGACCGCAUGUCGUGCCCAUGAUUUCUCUGCGUGCGAUUCUCGGCCAUCUCCAGACAUGCACGGUCGAGGCAGUCGAAAUCGCGGGUCUCGAUAUGGCGCUCUACUACAGCGACCAGAGCCCUGAAGGGUGUCGCUGGAGCCUGCGUGACAUUUUCUUGUCGCUUGGCGCGACGCGCGGCCUCGUCAAGACUCUCGCCGAGUCGCUCAACGACCACGUGGUGUCGGUUCUUGACAUUGCGUUCCACGAUGUGGUGUUUGGCGUCGCCGAAGUGCAUUGGCGAGUGUGCACGCUCGCCACUGGGUCGCGCGGCGAGUCAUUUGUUGACCUCGGUGCGCUGCAUGUUGAAAUGGAGAAGACGCGCAACGCGUCCAUCGCGCCGCUGGCCGACGCCCGUCGGGCUCGAAUAGCUGCGCGUUUGCACGCGGCCCCCUCAGCAGCGGUCCUCGUACCGGCGACGUCGUCUCGGGCUCAAAAGUCCAUCAUGGAGUUCUUUGACAUCAAGGGCGACGAGCAUUUGCUCAAGCACCGACCCGAUACGAUGGCGUUCGAAGCCGAGGUGUCGACGGUCAUGCAAGAGGCGGCGCCGACAUCGCACGAGGUCCUCGGACACGGGUGUCUUCUCAGCGUUUUGCUGGACGCGCCGAGGAUCCUCGUGACGCUCGAUACACUCGAAACCCUCUUUGAGAUUGGCAGCGCAUGGAUACAGUUUUUACGAGAGCACGUGCCCGAGCUCUUCCGCGUCUCGAUCGACGCGGUGCGCGCUUACGAAGCAACAACGUCGCAAGCCGCGACACCGGUCGCUGUGCCCAAGAAAGACGAGCCGUCGCUCUUGGAGCUGCUUGAGAGCAAAAAACGGGGUGUGCGCGUGAGCUCGACCAGCGAUACGCGCUCGGAGGACUCGACACUGACGGGCUCCAAAGGCGAGGAUCGUUCUCGGACACUGUUUCGUAUCCAGCUCGUGGAUCUGCAAGUGUUUGCCCAAGAUACACAGCACAAGGGCGGUGUCCUCUUUGCCAUUCCGUCGGCGACGAUCAGUCACGCUGUCGACUUGGACGCAAACACGGAGCACGUGGACAUUCUUAUGCGUGGUGUUCUCCUCUACACGUCGUCGCUGGAUGUGGAUGUCAUGCACCGGCAAUGGCUCAAGCGCAAAGCGCCCGACGGCUACUGCGACAGCUCGACAGCGCUUUUGCGCAAGGUCGUGCACGCGACCGAGUCCCAGCACUGUGCCAUCACCGUCACACACGCGCUUCCUACCCUACAUCAGAUCCACGUCACGAUUCCAUGUGUCGACGCGACGUUGGAUCUUGAAAGCAAGCAAAUUUUGCUCGACCUCGCGGUUGCCUUUACCCAUGCCGUACAAGAAAAGAUGGCCAAGGCGAAACACGAUGUUUUGGUGCAGGCCAUGCUUCAGCACUUGACGCCCGACAGCGCGUAUGGGACACUCUCACUGCCGCAACUCUGGCACCAACAACGCGACACCCAGUGGCAGAUCCAGCAGCUCAAAUGGCAGCAAGCGUGUCGGUUCGGCUACAGCCUCGCCACGCAAGAUCGUUUCCACGAAGCCGAUCGCUCGACAUCAGCGACGACCGACGGGGCUCGACGUCGGCGGCUCUCGGCCCACAGCUCGGCCGUCUCAAGUGACGUUGUUCGCAACGACGACGGGGGCAAUCGGGCGUUAGAUGCACUCCAAGCCACGCUGGACCGACUCUUGACGGCCGUCGCCGCAAGUUACCAGGCGUACCGCAAGUCGCUCCAAGUGCGCCCGACGAUCGAGCUAUCGUUUCAUCUCGCCCGUGCAACGCUUUUGCUACGCAGCCCCAGUGUCUCGCUCCUUCAGAUCGUGCACACGGGACUUGUGUUGAGUUUGUCGCAGUUUGAAGACCAGUCGGGCACCCUCUCGUGCACGAUUGCGGGGCUCUCAGCCGCCAACUUGCUACCACAAACACCGUAUCCGGAGCUCCUUGGACGCGCCGCUACGACAAGUUCCGACCACUUGUUAGACGCCGACACGAUCGUUCGCAUUGACGCCGAGAUGGCGACGCCCAUCGGCGGCAUCACGGUGCUUCAGCACUUUGAAGUGAAUGUGCAGCCGCUCCAAGUGUGCUUGACGUACGACCUCAUUGUGCAACUUGCAGCGUUUUUCGGGGGCGACCGCGCACGUCGCGACGACGCUGAAGCCGAGAUUCGCCAUCAAUUUUUGCCGCCGUCCGUCAUGCGGCCCUUCCGGAAGCCGCGCAAGUCGAUGGCCGAAGCCGCCAAGACCGAGUGGGCCGACGACCAAGAGCGCGAGGUGGCCGAAAUGACGGACCGCGCGACCAAGAACAUGACCUUCAAGCACAUUCGACUUGGGACGAUCCAGAUCUUGCUGAGCUACAAGAGUGGCAAGUCGGUGACGCAGCCCCAGCAGCACCUCGAAGACAUGCGCGGCUUUGACCUCAAGAUCCAUGCGCUUGUGUACACGGACAAGACAUGUACCCUCGACGACCUCUUCCUUCGCAUUCGCCGCGACAUCAUCCUCGACAUCCUCUCGCAAGUCGGGCGCAACUUCAACAACAUUGGGCUUCUACUCAAGGAGAAGCUGGACCUCUCGCGCUGGGCGGGCCUCGAGUUUCCCAUGAAGAGUCUCUCGCAGUCCAUGGCGAGUACGACGACGUCGCCAGACCGUACCUUCCAGCUCGAGCUGCCGACGGACGCGAGCAGUGGGUCUCCAAAGAAGAUCAAACCGCGCUUUAGCUUCUUGAAGCCGAAAAAGGCAAAGCCUGCGAAGGAAGAAGCCAUCUCCAUGGCGUCACCGCCGACCAGUCCAUCCACAUAG